AUGAAGACCGAAGUGGCACCCAACUUGGCCAUCACCAUCACGGUGGAAAAAGACGGCUUUUACGAAGUCAACGGCACCAGGCACGAGCCUUCUGUCUCUAUGCACCUGCUAGCUGGCGCCAGUAAGCUCCGUCGUCAGCUCCGGGACACGAGUGAACUGAUCGUCUGCCCUGGUGUGUACGACGGGCUGUCGGCCCGUAUUGCCAUGGAUCUGGGCUUCAAGGCCCUAUACAUGACAGGAGCUGGGACUACGGCAUCUCGCCUGGGCAUGGCGGACCUAGGUCUAGCCCAGCUUCACGACAUGAGGACCAACGCGGAGAUGAUAGCCAACCUGGAUCCGUACGGUCCUCCACUGAUAGCGGACAUGGACACGGGAUAUGGAGGUCCCCUCAUGGUCUCCAAGUCCGUCCAGCAGUACAUUCAAGCCGGCGUCGCAGGCUUCCACAUUGAAGACCAGAUUCAGAACAAGCGUUGUGGGCAUCUAGCCGGCAAGAAGGUCGUCGACAUCGAGGAGUACUUGACGCGCAUACGCGCCGCCAAGCUAACCAAAGACCGCCUACGCUCAGACAUCGUGCUGAUCGCACGCACGGACGCACUCCAGCAGCACGGCUACGACGAGUGCAUUCGGCGUCUCAAAGCCGCCCGCGAACUCGGCGCCGACGUAGGCCUUCUCGAGGGCUUCACCUCCAAGGAACAGGCACAGCAGGCGGUGGAAGACCUCGCCCCUUGGCCGUUGCUGUUGAACAUGGUGGAGAAUGGCGCGGGCCCCGUGAUCACGACGCAGGAGGCCCAGGCGAUGGGUUUCAGAAUUAUGAUUUUCUCGUUUGCGUCCCUUGCGCCGGCUUAUUUGGGUAUUAGGGCAGCGUUGCAGCGUUUGAAGACUGACGGGGUGGUGGGGACUCCGGAUGGACUGGGCCCUAAGAAAUUGUUUGAGAUCUGUGGGUUGAUGGAUUCAGUGACAAUUGAUACCGAGGCUGGGGGGAGUGGGUUUACCAAUGGGGUCUAG